AUGUCAGAAUUAAUUCCAGAUUAUAGAGAAUACGAUGAUGAGUAUGAGAGAUACCUAUAAAAACUUGGUUCUGGACCCUUCCUUUAUGACAUCACUAUGACAGAGGCUAAGGAAUACAUCUAUGUAAAACUCUAGAUAUAAAUAAUUAGAAUGAUGUAAUCACUCCAAAACUUAUCCAGUACACACUCCUAUACAUCAAGACCCAAGUCAGAAGAAAUGUUACUGUUGAAAUCACUUACAUCAUGGACAUCAAAUAACUCGAAGCUAUUCAUUCAACAACUUCCAACUAUUCACUUGCUGUAACUGCUAUUAAGGAUGCUCCCCUUUCUGCAUUCCUUUUGGAUACUGUGGGCUAAGAAAUCCUCCUGAUCAACAGGAAUUAGCAAAUAGAAAAAGCUUUUAUGAAUCAAAAAAUUAUUAGAAUUGAUUCACUAACAAAUGACUUCAUCUCAAUCUUGGCUGGUAUCUUUAUCAGAGCUAUCAAUCAUGCUAAUUUUAAACUAAACUUCAGUGAAUGUUAAAGGUAAGCUUUGAUGAAAUGGGUCCUGCUAAAAUAAUACAGAUAUCAGUAAAUGAAAUAAAAUGGAGAGUCCUUCUCAAGAAUACUUGAUGAUCAACUCUUAUAGGAAGUCAACCAAUCAAGAAAGAAUGAAUAAAAGUCGAAUUCUCAUCAAACUUCCUAGAGGGAACAGUAUCAAAAAUAGGAUAAUUUUUCAUAAUUAAAAUCCAUUUCGCAAUUACAGAGCUCCUUUAAUCCUCAAUCCAAACCGCCUUAGUACUCUCAAAGGCAAGGAUCGAAUUAUACAUCUCUAUCUCAUGUAUCUUUACCCUCCGCUAGUAAAGUGGAUAUUAUGAAAAAUCACAUAUCAGCAAAGGAAUUUGUUUAAGGAAUGGAGACUUUAAAAAGCUAAUUAUUGUCAGAUGUUCCCCAACCUGACGAACUUAAACCCAGAGACUAUACUCUCAAACCUAUAAUACCCUUCUUCCCGCCAGAUGAAGUGUUCCAUAUUAGAUAAGAUGAUCUAGAAGAACUCCUCAAGGAACAAGUUAAAAAUAGAAAGAUUCCAGAACCAAACCCUGCUGAUUAAUUACAGCAAUUAUUAACAUAUUACUAAUAAUAUAAUCCAGAAUAAUAUAAAAUACUAUUGAAUCAAUACUAAGACUUCAUUCAUGAGAGAGUAAUUUAAAUGUUUAAAUUAGAUGUUUGAAGGCAUGGGUUUACCUUCAUCAACUAAAUCCAAAAUGCAAGUCCAACCCUAGUUUCAAUAAUAAUAAAUGCGAUAAUCGAUUCAAAUUCCCAAGUCCAAAUCAAUGCUCUUCCCUAAACAACCCCAAAUACAACCUCAACUCUAUUAAGAGGAAAUCAUUGCUAUCAAAUACAAUAAGAAAAUCAAUAGAUAGGAAUUCGAAUUGCUCAAGUAAAAGUCAGUUCUGUCUCAAAACAUGAUGGAAUUCUAUUUCUGUCAUUUGUAAGAGGAGUUCAAAAGAGUAUUCAUCUUCCCAAUUGAAUUCUAUAAUGUACUCAGCCAAAAUCCAGAGAAGUAAUGAUUUGUCGAUUAUUCUUAGAGCAAAAAGCUUUACGGAUCAAUUUCAAGGGAGAAAUAGAACCAUAUUUGAUCUAUUCGAUAAAGUGUUUGUGCCUGCGAAGGUUAGUCAGUACGAGUACGUUGGUGUGUAUAUUGACUUUUAGAACAAAACAAUGUUCUACAUCAACACCCUUGAGAGAAGAGACAGUAAAUUAUGAAUAACACAUGAUAGGGAAGGGGCCGCCAUAUAAGGAAUUGAUAGAUUAGCCGGAUAUGCAUUUCAUUAUUAAAUUCAUGGAGAAUGAGUACAAUCUAAAAGUGAUGCGAGCAUUCAACAUAUUAAAUUGGAGUAAUAUUAUAGUAUUGAUAUAAUUCAUAAGAAUUUGUAGAAUUCAAGAACGAAUUUGCUUAACACUUUAACUAUAGCGGUUUGGUAUUGACUUACGUGAUUGAUUCAAUUUGCAAUCAUAAGAGUGCUGUGGGUGACGACUAAAUAUUGAAGGAAUUCAAACAGAAGUUAUUGGAUGCAAUAAGGAAAGCAGGCAGCAAGAAAUGAAACAAGUUCUACCUGAAAUGAUUAUACUAAU